AUGGCGGUCGUCAAAGAUGCCGGCGGCGAGUCGCUGAUGCAGCGGUGCAAGCCGUACGUGGCGAUGAUCUCGCUGCAGUUCGGGUACGCCGGCAUGAACGUCAUCACCAAGGUGUCGCUCAACCACGGCAUGAGCCACUACGUGCUCGUCGUCUACCGCCACGCCUUCGCCACGCUCUCCAUCGCGCCCUUCGCGCUCGUGCUCGAGCGCAAGGUCCGCCCCAGGAUCACGCCCUGGGUCUUCCUCCAGAUCUUCGUCCUCGCGCUGCUCGGGCCGGUGAUCGACCAGAACUUCUACUACGCUGGGCUCAAGUUCACCUCGCCGACCUUCUCCUGCGCCAUGAGCAACAUGCUCCCCGCCAUGACCUUCAUCUUGGCCGUUCUCUUCAGGAUGGAGAAGGUGAACCUGAAGAAGGCGAGGUGCGUGGCCAAGGUGGUGGGCACGCUCGUGACAGUGGCCGGCGCCAUGCUCAUGACGCUCUACAAGGGCCGCGUCGUCGAGAUGGUCUGGACCAAGCACAUGCACCUGCACGGCCCGCACCCGGCCGCCGCCGCCGACAAGGACUGGCUCACGGGCUCCAUUUUCCUCAUCAUCGCCACCCUUGCCUGGGCGUCCCUCUUCAUCCUCCAGGCCGCCACGCUCAAGAGGUACGACGCGCCGCUGUCGCUGACCACCCUCAUCUGCUUCGUGGGCACCCUGCAGGCCAUCGUCGUCACCUUCGUCAUGGAGCGCCAGACCUCUGUCUGGAGGGUCGGCUUCGACAUGAACCUCCUAGCCGCCGCAUACGCUGGCAUAGUGACGUCUAGCAUUGCCUACUACGUGCAAGGACUGGUGAUCCAGAGCCGGGGCCCCGUCUUCGCCUCGGCCUUCAGCCCCCUCAUGAUGAUCAUCGUCGCCAUCAUGGGCUCCUUCAUCCUCGCCGAGAACAUCUACCUCGGCGGGAUCGUCGGGUCCGUGCUGAUUGUCGCCGGCCUCUACUCGGUGCUGUGGGGUAAGCACAAAGAGAACCUGGAGAAGGAGGCACAGGCGGCCAUGGAGAUCCCCGUGGCGAUCAAGGCCGUCGACGGCAACGGCAGGAUCAUGGACAUCGUGGAGCUGGACGAGGUGCAGCUGGAGAAGGCCCAGGCCAACACCAACGCCAACGCCAACGCGGUGGUCGCCGUCACGGUCCCCGCAGAGGAGGCCCGGAUGCAGGGCAAGGACCAGGCUUAA